CUGGGCGUCAGUUGGCAGUUUGGGAAAGCCUACACACCUAUUCUUUCGAUAGAUACACUUAUUUUGCAAUCGUAGAAGAUACCACAAAUCUCUCUGCCGUAAAUUAACAGUAUGUCCAAGCGGGUGAGCAUCCUGUUGCCCGACGAAAUGCCUGCGGCUCCGUCACGCAGCAGGAGGAACCCGAUGCCCAGCCGCACGCUCAAAAGUUCCAUCAAAAGCGGACCAAGCGCUCGGACGCAACUCGCAGCGCCAGUGUUCGUGGUUGUCAACCCGGAGAGCAGCCAAAGCUCGCUUACCUCGGGUCAGCGGAACAACACCAGCACGGCCAGCAACAGUUCCGUAAACCAACGAAAUAAGGAGGACUCCGCGGAGAGGUUGUCAGUGAGCGAGGAUACGGCAGCCGUGGACAGCAGCGCCUUGCUUCAAAGUGGAUCCUCAAACUCUCGUGAUACAGUUGACUUCGAUUCGACCUCCACCUCGAUCAGGAUGUUCCUUAAGAACACAGUGGCCCUGGUCAGGGCAGGAGAGUCCUUCACAUCUGUAAAACAUCUCUUUCACAAGUUCAUCAAACGCAGCGGCUCUGUGUCCAAUUCCAAGCCUUCGCUGACAUCCUCCUGCUCCCAGGCGGUAGGCGAGGAGAAUCCCUACAUGAGCAAGUCCAAUGACACGCUUCAGACGGACUCGCCCAUCCGCACUACUGUGCCCAGCACCUCCCAGAUGACGCCCGCCUCACACUUCUCCAACCACUCAUUCAAUAACACGAACUACGACCUUUCCAACCUCCUCUCUGACAUCACCCCCCUGACUGGCUACACGCCAGUGGGUCUCACUGAGGAGGCUGACUACCGAACAGACACUUCCGCAAACGCCGCGUUGAACAGUGUGACUUGCAAUUUGGCAAGCUCGUCGGGGAAUCCUUUGGGAAGCGGAUUCGACAACAGUCGCUCGAAGAUUUCUACCGAUCAGGAGAAGAUAGCGGACACACAAGGACGCCCCGCCUCGAGAAAUCGCUCCAGCAGCAAAUCUUUCCGCCACAAACUUAAGACAUCGCGCUCUAGUUCACCCAGAAAGUCGCCCAAGAUGUCACCUCGAAUCAAGCAGUCAGCACCUGCAAUGGGGCCCAUAUUUACAAUGGUUAGUUCAUCUGGGCCUAACUCUGCUGAGGGAUCGCGGCGCUCGAGCCGAUCGAGUCUGAGACGGAAGCAAAGUCCGUUACCCAAGGUGACUGCCAAAAUCUCGGCCACCUCUAAUUCAAGAGCGGACUUGGCUAAAGCGACCAAGUCCGGGAAAGAAACCUCCCCCCGAUCAAACCGAUCAAGAAGGAGCUUCCGCCGGAGUUCACCCAGACGCCGAAGUCGAGGUUCUCGGGCGAACGCCUUAGAGAGCCCCCUCCAAAAGAGCGAGGACACCACCGCCAAUGUAGAGUACGCCUUCGCUCUGGUCAGCCCUGAGGAGGCGGGGAACAGCCAGCCUGAAGAAAGUAGUGCCGGUGUCGAGGAUGCCUCCUCCAGGUGCCAGACAUACCAGAAGAAUUGCAACUGCCACCAUUGCCAGGACAUGCGUCGGGCGGUCAAGAGGGCUGACUUUUUCAAAUCCCCCGAGGGACAGAAGCGGCUAGAGGCGAAGCUACUGGCCAAGAACUUCUUCAUGGACCUCUGCGUAGCGUCGGAAGUGCGCCGACAGGUUCAGUCCGAACUGCACGGGACCCGCCGUCCUCCAUCAGCGCGCCUCAGUUACCCGGUGAGCAUCUGUGGAGCGUGCAGGCUGAGCGGAGGCUCCCUCUCGUUGCAAUGGAUCACCCAUGACCUGGACAGCGUGGACCACUUCGACGUUUUUGUGGACAACGUGCCGAACCGUAGUGUCUACAACCGGCAGGCCACCUCCACCGUGCUCGUCGACGUGAACACCACCGAGACGCACACGCUGCGCCUGCGAGCGGUGCCGGAGCGUGGGAGCCGUGGUCAGGACUCCUCGGUGGACAAAUUCAUGUCGGAGGUGGCGGCCGGGCAUAUGCGCCACGUCAGGCAGGGCCAGCUCUUCGCCACGUGCUUCGCGCACCUGGACGCCCGGCCGCAACAGCGUUCGCUGGUGGACUUCUGGACGGACAGCGAGUUCUUGUACAUGCCCACCCGCGACACUCUUGCGCCUUCAAAGGCUCGCUGACUGGCGAAAAUAAACUGAUUUAUGAGCAGCAUUCCGUGUUGGGAGUGGAUGUGCGGCAGGAACAGCUGCGUGGGCGAAAAUUGAUUAGGCUAAUUCAGAAGUGAUGACCAAUCGGCGCACUAAACUCUCAGUGCAAAAGCAGUGGCCCGGCUCCCACCUGCACCACGUUUUGCGAGGUAUUCAAAAGGAACCGUGGGCCUGGUGCGGCCAUCAGUCAACGAGCAACAGCUUCAGCUGUCGGCGUAUUUAAAAAUUUGUUGGAAUCUGGACACUCUGCCAUGGGCCCUAAGCAUCCUGCGUGUCUUUAUCAGUGGCUUGCAGGCAGAAUGGCUUGGACUUGGACGUGGGGUACUGACUGGUACUGACGUAGGCAUUUCGCGCUGAUCUGUCAGAGAUUUCGGGCCGCAAAGUGGCAUGAUUAAUUAUUUGGCAAAUAUUUGGAUUCCGCGCUCUCUGCUCGGCUGGCACCACCAUGGAAAUGGGGAAAACCAAAAAUAUGCGGACUGGCACUUUCAUUGAGGGAAGAACGGGCGAGAAACCCAAACCGUUCAGUAUUUUAAUUAAUUUUCACUUUCGUCGGACUAGUGAGCAUUCCAUCGACAAUGUGAUGGACAGCUGUGCCAGCAGUGCCAGCAGUGCCAUCAGUGCUCCCUCGAGAACCAGAAUCCCCUGGCCACGAUUCACUGGGCGCGUUCUGAUUGAAGCGUUUGGCUUUUACUUUGUUUUGGUUUCCCUUGGCGCGUGAUUGGUUUCGAAAUAAACAGGGGCCUACUUUUAUUA